AUGUCCGGCGCCGAGGAGGCCGGCGGGGGCGGCCCGGCCGCGGGGCCUGCCGGUGCCGUGCCGGCCGGGGCCGGGGCCGGGGUCGGGGCCGGGGCUGGAGCGUCUGCGGGGCCGGCGGCGGCGCUGGGCGAGGCGGCGGGGCCCGGGGUCCCAGACGAGGCGGGCCUGGCCAGCGCCCGGCAGUUGCAGGAGGCGGCGGGCGACCCCGAUGCGCCGCCCAAGAAGCGGCUACGGGCGGCCGAGACGGCCGAGGCGGCGGCGGCGGCGGCGGCGGCGGGCAGCGGGAAGCUGGAGGAGCGGCUCUACUCGGUUCUGUGCUGCACGGUCUGCCUGGACCUGCCCAAGGCCUCCGUGUACCAGUGUACUAAUGGUCACUUGAUGUGCGCUGGCUGUUUUAUCCACCUACUAGCAGAUGCCCGGCUGAAGGAGGAGCAAGCCACGUGCCCCAACUGUCGUUGCGAGAUCAGUAAGAGCCUCUGCUGCCGCAACCUGGCCGUGGAGAAGGCCGUGAGCGAGCUGCCCUCUGAGUGUGGCUUCUGCCUGUGCCAGUUCCCCCGCUCCCUCCUGGAGAGGCACCAGAAAGAGGAGUGCCAGGACAGGGUGACACAGUGCAAGUACAAGCGUAUCGGCUGCCCAUGGCACGGCCCUUUCCACGAGCUGACAGUGCACGAGGCCGCGUGUGCCCACCCAACCAAGACGGGCAAUGAGCUGAUGGAGAUCCUGGACGAGAUGGACCAGAGCCACCGCAAGGAGAUGCAGCUCUACAACAGCAUCUUCAGCCUGCUCAGCUUCGAGAAGAUCGGCUACACAGAGGUCCAGUUCCGGCCGUACCGCACGGACGACUUCAUCACGCGCCUGUACUAUGAGACGCCGCGGUUCACGGUGCUGAACCAGACGUGGGUCCUGAAGGCGCGCGUGAACGACUCAGAGCGCAACCCCAACCUGUCGUGCAAGCGCACGCUGUCCUUCCAGCUCCUCCUCAAGAGCAAGGUAACGGCGCCCCUGGAGUGCUCUUUCCUGCUGCUCAAGGGCCCGUACGACGACGUGAAGAUCAGUCCUGUCAUCUACCACUUUGUCUUCACCAAUGAGAGCAACGAGACGGACUACGUGCCGCUGCCCAUCGUCGACUCCGUGGAGUGCAACAAGCUGCUGGCCGCCAAGAACAUCAACCUGCGGCUCUUCCUGUUCCAGAUACAGAAGUAGGCAGCCCCGAGGCACUGCCCACGCCUGCCCGGCAGCGGCUUCACGGCUCCAUCGCCCAUCUCAGCCAAGAAGGAAGAGGAACAGAAGCGAACACUGGGACGUCUGCAUGCGUGUGCGAAGGCGGGAGCGCCCCCCUCGCCCUCUGCCCCACCUCCCCUGUCCCGGGCGCUGGAGGCCGGGCCACCGCAGAGGAGACGCUGCUCGGGGACCCAGGGGGCGCGGCGCAGCACGGCAGCCUGGCCCCGGCCCCUACCGCGCAGCGGGCCACACGCCUGCUCUGGGCCGCACAUGGGGCUGCGCAUGGCCCCUGGGCCGGGCUCGGGGGCGCUGACCUCAGACGGCAUAUUUGAUUGCAAUUAAAAAGGCACCCUUGUUU